AGGGGCGGGCGGGCGGCGCGCGCGGCCGGCGGGGCGGGGAAUGGCGGCGGCCGCGUUCGAGCGGCGCGUGCUGCGGCGCGCGGCCGAGCAUCACUAUCUGCGCGUGCGCCUGGAGCUGCCCGACGGCGGGGCCCGCCCCAACGCCGCGCAGUUCAAGCAGCUCGUGGUGACGGCGCUGAGGGAGCUGCACGGAGAGGUUGGAGCAGCUUUGCCUGUUGAUGUCUUAAUAUAUGAGGAAAAAACUCUGUCUGCCAUAUUAAGAGUAAUUAGCAGUGGCUUUGUCAGGCUGUGGAGUGCUCUAACCUUGCUGGGCUUCUACCAGAACAGGAGGUGUGCCUUCCGGGUGCUGCAGACAUCUCCAUUUCUACUUGCAUUAUCUGGCAACAGCAGAGAAUUAGUCUUGGACUGAAUGCAGGUGUUGGUUCGGCUGCGUGCAGGAGAAGUUCCUGGAAAUGUUGGGGUCCUUCAGGCAUGGAAUUUCUGGAGGGAUUUUCCAACAAAGAGCCUUGACAAAGCCAGUGUUUAUCAACUCACUGCUUGGACAUCCCAUAUUUCAGGACUUACACAUAAAAGUUGGAGACAAAGCUGAACUUAGCAAGGCUUUUACACAAAAUGAUGUAGUUACUUUUUCUAAUUUAACAGGUGACACAAAUCCUUUGCAUUUAAAUGAAGAAUUUGCAAAGAAGUCUAGGUUUGGGAGAACUGUUGUCCACGGAGUUCUGAUCAAUGGACUUAUUUCUGCAGUUCUGGGUACCAAAAUGCCUGGUCAAGGAUGUAUAUUCCUUUCCCAGGAGAUUCGUUUUCCAGCUCCUUUGUAUGUUGGUGAAGAAGUCACAGCUGCAGCGGAAGUGAAACGACUGAAGGGUUCUGUUGCACACAUUUCUGUAUCAUGUCAGGUCAGAACAAGUGGGAAAACUGUUAUGGAAGGGAUGGUGAAAGUCAUGGUGCCAGACAGUUAGAGCUGUUCAUCAUGUGCAACUUCAGUUAAAGACCAGAACCAAUGUACACUUGGUUUUGAUUCUCUUUUUGUGUGACAUCACUUAAACCAGUAAAUUUGCAACAAAAACGUUUCAAAAUGUCUCAAAGUGCACAAACUUAACCUUACUAGAACUGCAUUAAAAUUAGAGCUUUUCCUUGU